CCCAAGCCCGCAAGGGGGCGCCUUGUCCCCAUGACAACGCGAACAGCCCCUCCAUCCCCUCCCCCGGAGGGCAGCGCCCGAGGCUAAUCCGCCCUGGAGACUGUGGGCGGUGCCCGAGAUGCUGGAGCCCCUAGUAGCCGGCCAAUUCCCCGGAGGGGCGCAAGUAUCUAGGGUGUCCGACACUCCAGGUGGUGACCCCCGCGCAUCGCCGCUGGGUGACCGGCCCCGAGCGGGCGGUGCGUCCCCACCACGAUUGGCUGCCUCCCUGUGACAUCACGCGGCUCGGGGAAAAGUGCGAGCGUGAGCGCGAGUCGGAGCCACAGCGCCGGGAGCUGCAGACGAAGCAGGGGCCGCCCCUUGGUACCCCGUCCCCGCCCCCGGCCCACGGCCGAAUCACCCACCCCGCCGACUCCCGAGGCCUCUGGCUUGUCCCGCCGUCUGUCCCGCGCCAGCGGAGCAAGACAGAAGCAGCCGCCACUGCCCUCCAGUAUCCAGCAUGGCAAAUUUCACACCUGUCAAUGGCAGCUCAGCCAAUCAGUCUGUGCGCCUGGUCACAGCAACCCACAACCACCUGGAGACAGUGGAGAUGGUGUUCAUUGCCACAGUGACGGGCUCACUGAGCCUGGUGACUGUUGUGGGUAACAUCCUGGUGAUGCUGUCCAUCAAGGUGAACAGGCAGCUGCAGACAGUCAACAACUACUUCCUGUUCAGCCUGGCAUGUGCGGACCUCAUCAUAGGUGCAUUCUCCAUGAACCUCUACACCGUGUACAUCAUCAAGGGCUACUGGCCCCUGGGUGCGGUGGUCUGUGACCUGUGGCUGGCCCUGGACUAUGUAGUGAGCAAUGCCUCUGUCAUGAACCUUCUCAUCAUCAGCUUUGACCGAUAUUUCUGCGUCACCAAACCCCUCACCUACCCUGCCCGCCGCACAACUAAAAUGGCAGGCCUCAUGAUUGCAGCUGCCUGGGUCCUGUCCUUUGUGCUCUGGGCCCCUGCCAUCUUGUUCUGGCAGUUUGUGGUGGGCAAGAGGACAGUGCCUGAUAACCAGUGUUUCAUCCAGUUCUUGUCCAACCCGGCAGUGACCUUUGGCACUGCCAUUGCUGCCUUCUACCUGCCCGUGGUCAUCAUGACGGUGCUGUAUAUUCACAUCUCACUGGCAAGUCGCAGUCGAGUCCACAAGCAUCGACCUGAGGGUCCCAAGGAGAAGAAGGCCAAGACUCUGGCUUUCCUCAAGAGCCCCCUGAUGAAGCCGAGUAUCAAGAAACCUCCACCAGGGGGCGCUUCUCGAGAGGAACUGCGUAAUGGGAAGCUAGAAGAGGCCCCUCCGCCAGCCCUGCCCCCGCCACCACGCCCAGUGGCCGACAAGGACACUUCCAAUGAGUCUAGCUCGGGCAGUGCCACCCAGAACACCAAGGAACGGCCACCCACAGAACUGUCCAACACAGAGGCCACCACACCAGCCCUGCCCGCCCCUACCCUGCAGCCACGAACCCUCAACCCAGCCUCUAAAUGGUCCAAGAUUCAGAUUGUAACAAAGCAGACGGGCAAUGAGUGUGUGACAGCCAUCGAGAUUGUACCCGCCACGCCAGCUGGCAUGCGUCCAGCAGCCAAUGUGGCCCGAAAGUUCGCCAGCAUCGCUCGCAACCAGGUGCGCAAGAAGCGACAGAUGGCGGCCCGGGAGCGCAAAGUGACUCGGACCAUCUUUGCCAUUCUGCUCGCCUUCAUCCUCACCUGGACACCCUACAAUGUCAUGGUCCUGGUGAACACCUUUUGCCAGAGCUGUAUCCCUGAGAGGGUGUGGUCCAUCGGCUACUGGCUCUGCUACGUCAACAGCACCAUUAACCCUGCCUGCUAUGCACUCUGCAAUGCCACUUUCAAAAAGACCUUCCGGCACCUACUGCUGUGCCAGUAUCGGAACAUCGGCACAGCCAGGUAGACAGGCAGGUGUCCUAGGAGGUGCUGGUGUCAUGAGUGUGUACCGGGGAACCACAUGGGCUCACCGGCUGUGAAGGAGAGAGUAGGCGGCCCCAUUCUGAGUUCGCAUCUGCUGAAGAGAACAAGUCUCUUAGACAGUGAGGCACAAGAGGCUCUUUGCUGGGUUUGGAGAGUAGAUCUCUACUGAAGCCCAGGAGGCUCAGCCCAGGGAGGGUCUGAACUGGCACCACCUGGCCCCGCUCUGUCACCCUGCCUCAGAAAGACGGGGACAAUGGCUGGAGUAGGCAGCUGCUCUGUCAAGGCCAACCAUCAGCAGAGGUGGAAGAAUGAUUAGGAGAGCAGAGGUCGGGCAGCUUGAGAGGAUCAAAGGAGCCAGGCUUGGAAGGGUGGGGUACCCCGUUCUGCUGUAAUCGGUGCUUUCCGCCUCCCUGCACCCCUCCCCCUGCAUGUAGGCUCAGCCCUUCCCCUGCCCCCAAGUCCCACUCCAGGGUGAGAGAUUUCCCUGCCAUAGUUACUCAUCCAGGCCCUGAGUGGGGGAAAGCCUGGCUGAGGUGCCCUUUGACAUCUCAGUCACAUCUGGGUUGGGGAACUGGGAAGCCAAGCCAAGAAG